UGCCAGUUGAAACUCGAGGCUAGUCCAGGUCCAGCCAGUCAGUGAGUCGGUGAUUAGUGUUAAUAUCAGUCAGAUUGUCGUGCUUGUUUGUUUCUCGUGUAUUACAACUCGUUAUCAACAACAAAAAAAACAGUGAAAAUGGCGUUGAAUUGUGGGAUGGAGUGCGUAAAGUACCUGCUUUUCGUAUUUAACUUCGUAUUCGCAGUUUGUGGAUUGGCAAUUGUCACAGUUGGGGUGAUUUUCCACUUGCAAGUUAAGGACGUCUCAGAUGCUUUAAAAGAUCAGGGUAUCCCACCUGCCAUUCCAAUUGGCUUGAUUGUCAUCGGUGCCGUAAUCUUUCUCAUCGCCUUCUUUGGAUGCUGUGGUGCAAUUCGGGAUAGUCACUGCAUGGUCGUCACAUUCGCAGUAUUUUUGCUCGCCAUUCUCAUCAUCCAAGUGGCCAUUGCAGUCUACGCUUACAUGCAAAAGAUAGAUAGUAACAAGAUUCAGAACACAUACAGAAAUGAUGUCUUUAUGAAGUAUUAUGAUGAAUCCAGUAAUGUCUCAAAGAAUAUCGUUGAUAGUAUUCAAUCUGUGUUGCAUUGCUGUGGCGCUGACUCACCAAGGGACUACAACCAGUUCGCCAGAAACACCAGUAUUCCCUCAACUUGUUGCAAUAACCCAACAGAUGUGGCCUGUGAUCCUUAUGGACAAGGAGAACACAAAGUUUUCAGUGAAGGAUGUGGAGUAAAGGUUGCACAUAUGUUUGAAAAAGCUCUGAAAACUUUGGCAGGUGUCGCUAUUGGUGUCGCUGUUGUCGAGCUGCUGGGAAUCAUCUUCUCAUUGUGUUUAGCCAACGCGAUACGCAACGAUGAACGCAGAGGCUACAGAGUUUAACAAAAAAAAAAAAAAAAACGAAAAAAAAACAA